AUGGACAAAAUCCAAUCUUCCUCUGUCACGCCGCCAUACCGUCAAAAAGAGCUCCCUGUGGAGGAACGAGUUGAAGAUCUUUUGAAUCGAAUGCAAUUGGAUGAAAAAGCAGGGCAGCUCUUCCUUGAUACCAUUCAGCCGGCUCCCAAUGGCAACAUUGGCGUCGAAAGUCCCUUGUCCCUAAUCUGCUCAAAGCGAAUGUCUGCAUUCAGUAUUGGUGGGCCAAUCGAAAAUGCAAGAGAAAUAGCGCUCUGGAUCAAUCGAUUGCAGGAAUACGCAAUGGAAAGCAGGCUGGGUAUCCCAAUUAUUCUGGCUUUCGAUCCUCGUAACCACUUUUCCGAAGACAACAUCGCAACAGGAUGGAGACCUGGCGCUUUCUCUCAGUGGCCAGAGCCAUUGGGAUUGGCAGCUCUACGAUCACCAGAACUCAUCGAGAGGUUCACCGCCGUCGUGAGACAGGAAUAUGUCGCAGCUGGAAUCCGUCUCGCUCUCCAUCCACAGAUUGAUCUCGCCACAGAGCCGCGGUGGUCACGAAUAGGGGCAACGUUUGGCGAGGAUGCGGAUUUGACUGCUCGGUUGGUAGAAGGCUGCAUUGGCGGACUUCAGGGACGCUCCACUACCCUUCAAGAGGGGAGUGUGAGUUGUACGACCAAGCAUUUUCCCGGGGGCGGGCCACAGCUUGACGGCGAAGAUCCACACUUUGAAUUUGGUCGAGAGCAAGUCUAUAGUGGAAAUAGCUGGGAAUAUCACCUGAAACCAUUUCGAAACGCGAUCCGAGCAGGUACUUCUCGAAUUAUGCCAUAUUACGGUCUCCCUGUCGGAACGAAGUAUGAACAAGUUGGUUUCGCGUUCAAUCGGGGUGUCAUCACUGAACUACUCCGAGAGGAACUUGGAUUUAACGGCAUAGUAUGUACAGACUGGGGUCUCAUAACUGACAAGAAAAUCUUUGGAGAGGAAAUGCCUGCGCGAGCCUGGGGUGUAGAGCAUCUUACAGAAUUGGAGAGAGUUGCAAGGCUUCUAGAAGCUGGAUGCGACCAAUUAGGUGGCGAGGCAAGACCGGAACUUAUAGUGGAGCUAGUCCAGUCUGGCAGAAUAAGCGAGAAACGAAUUGAUGAAUCUGUCCGCAGACUACUUCGGGAGAAGUUUCUUCUAGGAUUAUUCGACAAUCCAUUCGUUGAUGUAGAUAUGGCCGAGAAGAUCGUGGGAAAUGCUUCCUUCCGAGCAGAGGGUGAGAAUGCCCAGCGCCGGUCCUUCACUUUGCUCACCAACACGCACCGUGUACUGCCUCUUUCGGCUGAAGUCCAGACCACUAAGAAGUUCUACAUAGAAGGAAUCAACAGGCUGGCAGCAGAAGAGCGAAAUAUGACUGUUGUCGAGAAGCCAGAAGAAGCCGAUGUUGCUCUUCUGAGAUUAAAGGCACCAUUUGAGCGACGGCCUGGUAAAUUCCAAGCACUCUUUCAUUGCGGUCGCUUGGACUUUCCUGCGGAAGAGCAGAGUCGCCAGCAAGCAAUCUACAAGACUGUUCCACUCGUCAUUGUGGAUCUUUAUUUGGAUCGCCCUGCUGUCGUGCCAGAAGUUGCUGAGCAAGCAUCCGCGUUCAUGGUGAAUUAUGGUUCCAGCGAUAGGGCCUUUCUGGACAUUGUAUUUGCCGAAAGAGGUGCUACCCCUGAGGGAAAGCUCCCUUUCGACAUGCCGCGGUCUAUGGAAGCUGUAACGAAUUCUAAAGAGGACCUACCUUUUGAUACAAAGGACCCGAUUUUCAAAUUCGGUCAUGGUCUCCAUUACUAG